AUGAGUCUGGCAACUAUUAAUGAUCUAGUGUUUACCUCCUACAAAGAAGGAUCGUUUCUCGAGGCAGUGGAAGCUUUGGUGACAAUAGAAGUGGAUUCCUUGUUCCGCUUUAAGAAGAAAAGUUUUUCCAGAUCCUUACGAAAUCUUGAGGAGAUGAUGCUUGAGCAACAGCAACUACAGUAUCUCCACCUCCAGUCCUACCAGCCCGGCUACCCCCAGCCUUACAGCAUGGCCUACGAACACCAGUCACCUUUAUGCCAGAUGCCCGCGGUACCCAGAGACACGCCCAAGAGGAAGAGAGUCAACUUCCAUAGUAUCGCAGACCUAGUGAAACCGGAUGAAAAUGACUAUUUGGAGACAGCCAGGAAGAUCCCGUCCCCGAACGCCAUGACGUCAUUCACCCAGUUCCAGUCCAUCGCAGCCGACCUGACCUCCCUGAUGACGACGCCGUCUCCUUGCAAGUCGACCACGUCAUCCGUGGACAGCGGGCGCGGGUCCCCGGCAGCUACCACCGCCUCCUAUCCGUCACCCUGUUCAUCACCGUCCUCCGACAGCGCACGGGGCACCCCCUCGCCGACCAACACCGGUCCAAAGAAGUCCCGUACGAUCUUCAAACCUCACCAGGUUGCUGUUCUUGAGCAAGUGUUUUCACGAUGCCAGUAUCCGGAGCCAGACAUGGUGGAACGAUUGGCCAGUGAUUUGGACACCAAGGAAGCCAAGGUUAAGGUUUGGUUCCAAAACAAGCGUGCCAGAUGGAGGAAGCGACCAGUUGACAGCACCCACGUGACCUCACAGGAACAGUCGCCAUGGUUACCAGGAGUCAUGUCGCCGUUGCCAUACCAACACAACAUGGGAGGCCAGCAUGGUUACAGAGUCGGUUCCAGUCCGGUGCCCGUCCAUCCGAUGUACCAACAAUACGUACCCAUGAUGCCUUACCAGCAGCAGAUGACAUCGCACGUUGGCCAGCAGGCGACUCCGGUAUACUACGGUCCCCAUGCGCAGAUGUUACAGAACGCCAGUAAAUCCCAUUUCGUCAAUAUGACUUCGCCGCCGAGGACGGCGAAUCAAAACGGAUUACACCAAACGGGACAGCAGCACGUGUAA